CAAUUCUUAUUUAUAGACAUAAGUAUUCGCGAUAACUAAAUGGAAGUUCACACAUGACCUUGUGUAAAGCCUGUGGCUGAACUUUGUGGAGAAAAACAACACGUUCAAUACAAUGACAAUGUAUUUUUCGUCAAUUAAAAUAUCUCAAAACUGUUUAGUUUUAACAAAGCGAUGCUUAGCAAUUCAAAGAAAGUUUAUAUGUCCAAACAUUAGUCAAAAAAGUAACUGCAAAGCAAAUUCAUGUCUGCAAAAAAUUCCAUCAUGCCAACAAACACAGAAAAGAUAUUUUCAUUCAACAAAACGAUCAGGAGCUCAACAACCACAAACACAUGCUUCAGAGCCAACCAUGAAAGAUCAUAUUCUGAAAGUGGCAAUCUAUGGCUCAUUUCUCGUUGGAUGUGGACUAUUUGCUGCCAUAGGAAUGCGAGAAUACAAGCGCUACAGGUUAAAGAAAAAGGGAAUUGAGUUUUUAAAUAUAAAAGAAUGGGGACGGUUAGAUGUUUACAAGUACAAAGGAUAUAUGCUUCCAAAUUUUGUCAUAAACCAGAUUGAUGCCUUGGAGAAAUUUGAAACGAACUCAAAUGAUGUGUGGGUGGUAUCAUUCCCACGCUCAGGAACCACUUGGCUACAGGAGAUAGUGUACCUUCUUCAUUCUGAUUUGAACUUUGGUCAUGCCUCUCGUGCCUUGCUGGAUGACAGGUUUCCAUACUUUGAAUUCACCUACCCUGGUUUGAAGGAUAUUGAAGACAGGGGGACUGCACGGCUUAUAAAGUCUCACCUACCUUGGUCGCUGUUACCGCAAAGUGUCAAAGAAAAACAACCCAAGAUCAUCUAUAUUGCCCGUAACCCCAAGGAUGUUGUAGUUUCCUUCUUCCACUAUGUUCGCUACCUGUUUCCAGUGACCCGCUAUAAAGGAGAAUUCAAUGAAUUUUUCAAUCUGUUUGUACAGGAUAAAGUGUUAUAUUCACCAUGGAGUGAGCAUGUAAAAGAGUUCUGGGACAAAAGGAAUGAUGACAACAUUCUGUUCCUGACAUAUGAAGAUUUGAAAAAGGAUACAGAGGGCACUAUAGACAAGAUUGCAGCCUUCCUAGGCAAGAAAAUCUCGACAGAGGACAGAAAGGCCAUUAUGGAAUACUGCAGUUUUGAGAGCAUGAAGAAGAACCCUAUGACCAAUCAUAAUUGGUUUGAGGCGCUUGGAGUGGCUGAUAGGAAAGAGGGAACAUUCAUGAGGAAAGGUUGUGUGGGGGACUGGGCAAACUACUUCACUCCAGCAAUGGACCGAGAUAUGGAGCACAUGGUUGUGACAAAGUUCAACAACAGUGACAUCACGUUCUCAUUCACGGGCACACAAUUUGUAGAUGACAAUGAAAAAUAGACAGAGUUCUCCAACAGUGGCAGUACAUUCUCACUCACAGAAGAAGACCUUGUCUAUGUAGAUGACAAACAGACAAAGUUCCAAAAUAGUGAUAUCACUUUUCUUUUUAUAGCACACAAUGCUGAUGAUAAUGUUUUAUUGGUGUAAUGAAGUUGGCUAAAAAAACAAACAGACGCAUUCACAGGCACACAAGUUGGCAAAUACAGAUUACGAACAGAUCGUAACUAGCUGUGAUGACAGUGAUUAUAUUUGACUGGUAAACAGUUGGAGACACAAGUGGAAAAUGGGCAAUUGUAUAAUGCUGUGACAAAGUUCCUAAACAGUGAUAACACAUUUUCUGUCAACCAUUAUGAUACGUUUUAUUACAACCAAUGCAAGAAUAUACAGGAAAAAAGAAUAUUCAAGCUUGCCAAGAUCUUGCUGGAAAUUAUUUUGCUGGACUUAGUUGAUUUGAAUGUUGUUGAAGCUUAAGAUAAUAUAGAAAAUUAUCAAACAAACUAGGCGUAAGAAAGAUUGUAAAUAUGCUCCAUCCACUUAACAAAAAUAGCUCUAGUGCUUAAUAAAUACUGAAAUAUU